CAUCCUAUAGGCUUCUAGAUUAUUUGUUACCAAGGAUGUCGAGAACGCAGAUUGAAGCUGGGUCACUAACUAGCUAACCUAGCUAGACUAGUAGUCUAACUAGAUUUGUUUUUUUGUGUAUGACGAUCAGUUUUCGUUUGAACAUUUAAUAAAAAGUAACAACUAGUACACGCUUACUAAAGUCACAGCCUUUCUGCUGGCUGUAUAAAAAACGUACUGUAAUCAGCGAGAAUGAUGGCUGUUUGAAGCUAAUGCUAUCCAGCUAUCGAGUAUUUCGCUGAGAAGUCUGACAUAAAACAAUUCCAGGUUUCUAGUUAGCCAUUAUUACUCCACCAGGAGGGUUUACGAUGGCUGGCACAGUGCUAGGGGUUGGUACAGGGGUGUUCCUCAUCGCUCUGAUCUGGAUCGUGGCUUUCGUUUCUGGGAUGAUUCUCCUCAGGGCAUCUGGAACGACCAAGCUAGGAGUGGUUCCUGUGUUCCUCCUGGCGCUCAUCAUCACCCUGGCACUGGUCUUCUUCCCUCGCAGCUCAGAAACACCCUCGCCUUUCAGGGAAAAGGAGGUAGUGGACACGUUCUUCAUCGGGCGCUACGUCCUCCUGGCGGUGUCGUGCCUGGUGUUCCUGGUAGCUCUCUUUCCCCUGCUGACCCAACAUCUCCUCACCCCCGUCUACGCCAAACCGCUGAGACCGCACCACUGUUGACAUUUUUAGAAGUCUGUCUUUUGUAUGAAUCAUGUUUUAAUAUUGAAAAAAUAAAUCACUUUAUAAUACA